AUGGUGGCACCAAGGAACGCCGCAUUCGCCGAGGAGAGCGCCGAGGUUGAAGUCCUUCUGGCAUCUCUGGGAAAGACGAAAGACAUCACCAAGCGAAUAGCAGCCAGUCUGGCUCGGCUGGAUGUCAGCGGUAAGAUCGUCAAGGAUGCCAUCGGGCCCAUCUACAGCAACACCCAGCAACUUCAGAUCACCAGUCGGAAUAUCGACAAGGUCAAUGAAGCUAUCGAGAAACUCAAGCAGCCGCUCGAUUCGAGAGGUCGAGAGGAAGGCAUUAUCAGAGCAGGUCCCAAAGCGUCGGGACUCCCGCAAUAUCUCAGCGCCUUGAAGCGCGUCGACAAAGCUCUCACCGAUCUAAGCUCGACAAACAUGAGGGCAAACCAACAGGCUGUUUCCGAUUUCCACAGCCUCUUAUCCACCGGCGUCAACCAGUUAAACGACAUGUAUCGGCAAAUGCUCCAGGAGGACGCGCAGCCCAUCGAACCUCUGCAUCACAUCACCAAACAAAUACCAUUCCCAACGUACUCGCAAGAAAAAGCUCAGUCUCUCAGUCAAAUAGCAAUGGCGAUGGCAUCCGCGGGCGCACAUUCGGCCAGACUAGGUCAACGUGAUGAAGACGCCGCAGCUUCAAUCUAUGUUGAAGUGAGGGGAGAAUACGUCCAAAACAGCCUCCAGAACCUGGCAGCUGCCUCGAUCAUGACCUCGAAGCGACGCGGGAACGAUUCGGGUAUCUACCGAGAAGGCUCGAGUGGCGUCGGAGCAUACGCGAACGGUAUCGAAGGCAUGUUUCUCGCAGAAGCGGAGAACACAUCCCGCAUAUUCCGUAACGAUUCUGGGCGAAUUUUCACCAUGACCUGCGGCAAAGCGCUGGGGACGUUUACGCGGACUCUGUCGGAGUUGAAUAACGUGAUCAAGCCACGCAUCCUGAGCGAUUGUUUCCUCGCUUACGAAAUCCUGGAUCUCUUCACGCCUCUCGGCUACCGGCUCGAAUCGAAGACCGGUCAACUGCGAUCACAAUUUGCCGAUGCACUGCGCCCGAUCCGCGACACUGCCCGCUCGUCAUUCAGCGAAAUACUGAGCCAAACCAAGAAACAAGCCGAAUCAAUUUCGACACUCCCACCGGAUGGUAGCACGAUCCCGCUGGUCUCGCAAACAGCCUCCCGUCUCCAGAACCUCGCCAUAUUCGAGCGGCCCUUGCUAGCCCUGCUCUCCUCCAUUGGGGACGGAAACUGGAAGUCCGCCCCAGGGAUGGCCUCCCAGUCUACACUGAACCUCGAAUUAACCCCAUCCACCGAAAAUCCGACUCUAUUGUCGCACUACCUCACCGACGUCGUGGACGCGCUCCUCUCGACGCUCAACGCCCGCUCCCAGGUCCUCCACCCCAAGAAACCCCUCCAGGGGAUCUUCCAACUCAACAGCGUCGCCGUGCUCACUCGUGCAGUGCAAUCCUCACCUGACCUCGCCCGCUAUUUGGGGAUCUCCCCGCACAACGCCAAACUCGACGCCUACCGCAAAGCCGGGUCCUCGCUGUACCUGACCGCGUGGCGCGACCCAGCCAACCACCUCUUCGACCAGAUCCAGACAUCCUCCGGCUCGCGCCCCUUGUCGGGCCAAGCUAUCGAUUCCACGUCCAUCAUCAAAUCUUUGUCGUCCAAGGACAAGGACAAGAUCAAGGAAAAAUUUAAGCUGUUCAACACCAGCUUUGACGAGCUGAUCACCCGCCACAAGAGUCUACACAUGGAGGCCGAGGUCCGGUCACAGCUCGCCCGCGAGAUUCAGGGCAUGAUCGAACCGCUCUACACGAGGUUCUGGGACCGGUAUCACGAGGUCGACAAGGGGAAGGGCAAAGUCGUCAAGUAUGACAAAGGAACCCUGAGUCAGAUGCUAGCUAGUCUCUAG